AUGGCGACCGCCACCCUGUUAGCAGCUCUGGCAUCAGCCCAUCCCUCGUGUCCCCUGGAGACUGCCCGCCGGAGUCUUGUCCGGUUGCGCUCGAAAGAGGGCAAUGGUAGUUGGCACAUCUUCCCUGCUGCCCUAUCAACGCGUGCAGAGACAUUAGAAAUGUACUUGUUUGGGUUCGGAAAGCGAUUGACCCCGGUUUCUCGGGGCGACGACCUCUUUCGCAGAGGGCAUAAAUCCCUAGAUUCCCUUAUAUGCAGUGUCUUUCGAGGGAGGUCUUUUCAAGGUCACCGUCACGAGUCAUAA